AUGUUUGUCUGCAGUUUGGUUGCAGAAACCAAGAAGGGUGGAUUUGUGGAUGUAACACAAGCCUACAACAAGAUCGUCAACAGCAUCAAGGAUGCAGAGGAGGCUGCCAAGAUGGCCGACAAGGCUACUAACGACACUAUGGAGAACAUAAAGGACAAGGAUCUCGGUCAGAUCGCUGAUUCUCUGAAGAACCACAGUUUGGAUCUGAAGGAAGAAGUCAAAAGGCUAAAAGAUGAACUCCACAACGACCUGAAGCCGCAGCUGGAAGACGCUCAGAGGCGACUGGAAGACGCCAAAACCAAACAGGUUGAUGUGAUGAAGGACCUGCAGAUGGUUCAGAACAACCUCAACUUCACUACAAAUGCGAGUCAGGAGAUCGACGAGGCGAAGCGAGCGGCAAAUCUGGCGAACACCACGGCCACACAAAUCGCCGAUGCCCUGCGCCCCAUUAAAGACCAGCUGGACCAAUGGCAGCAGACGUACGGGGACGCCAACGCCACCAACGAUGACAUCAACAACGCCCUGAUGGAGGCCAACAAGACCGUGAAUGUGCUGGGUGAGACGAUUCCUCUGCUCAUGAAGAAGUUGGAUAAACUUCAGAAUCACUCCGCACAGAUGCCAAACAUCUCUGAGAACAUCAGCCGCAUCCGGCAGCUCAUACAGCAGGCGCGCAACGCUGCCAGCAAGGUGGGCGUGCCAGUGAAGUUUAACGGGGCGUCCGGUGUUCAGGUCCGUACUCCACGUAACCUGGCCGACCUGGCGGCCUACACCUCCCUGAAGUUCUUCAUCACUCUGCCCGAGGCGACAAGAAACCGGCGGCCAGGACGACAGCAACAAACAGUUUGUCUUCUACCUCGGCAACAAGGAUUCCAGUAAAGAGUUCCUGGGCAUGGCGUUAGUGGGGAAGAGACUGCGCUGGUACUUCAACAUUGGAGGAGAAACUGCUGAGGUGCUGAUGGCUGAAAAUGUCAAAGCUAAUGGAAACUUCAACAGCAU